AUGCUCGUCUCCACCCUCAAGGACCGCAUUGCACCGCUGCUGGGCGUGCCAGCGGGCAGGCAGCGGCUGGUGUUCCGCGGGAAGGUGCUCAAAGACGACAGCACCGUCGCCUCCUACGGUAUGCCGCGCGCCAUCUCUCCCCCCUUCCCCCCGCCGCUACGGUGUGCGCCAUCUCUCCCCCCUUCCCCCCGCCGCUACCGUACGCGCCAUCUCUCCCCCCUUCCCCCGCCGCUAUGGCAUGCGCCAUUUCUUCCCCCUUCCCCCCGCGUCCUAUGGUACACGCCAUCACUUCCGCCUUCCCCCCGCAUCCCACGGUACACGCCAUCACUCCCCCCUUCCCCCCGCCACUACAAUAGGCGCCAUCACUCCCUCCUUGCCCCUGACCCCCUUCCCCCCGCUGCUAUGCCCGAGAGGCCACGUAUGCAUGCAUCUGCUGUUGCUUCUGGGUCGAGUGAGGGUGGUGCAUACGGCAUGCCCGGUGCAGCGACUCUCCACAUGGGGUCGGUCAACAUUCACACAGACGGCUCCCCAAUGAUGCCGGACCUUAACCAGAUUGUGACUGGCGUUCUGAGCUCCAUUGGACUUAACCCCUUUGCAGGCAACACCAGCGCCACCAUCAACGUGACACAGCCGGGCGGCACAGCGAGUGGGGCGACAGGGGGAGGGUCGGCAGGAGCAGCAGCAGGGAGAGGAGGAGCGGGAGGAGGGGCGGCAGGAGGAGGGACAGGAGGAACAGGGAGAGGGAACCUGGCGUCAUGGCUGGAAGGGGCAGCAUCAGUGCGGGAUGCGGCAGAGUGGGCGGCGGCAAGGGAGGUGGUGGAGGGUGUGGGGCACACGCUGCAGCAGAUGGGCCCACUGCUGCUCGAGCUGGGCCGGCUGUGCCACUCCGUGCACCUGGGCGAUACUGUGGGGGAGGUGGUGGAAGGGAUGAAACACAUACACACACUCCCUCACUCCCCACCUACAUCUCUCCCUUCCCCUUACCACCCUCCGUUCCUUCUCGUUCCCAUCUUCAUCCCUCGAACCUUCCACCACCCUCUCUGUGUCCCUUCCACCACCCUCUCUGUGUCCCUUCCACCACCCUCUCUGUGUCCCUUCCACCGCCCUCUCUGUGUCCCUUCCACCACCCUCUCUGUGUCCCUUCCACCACCCUCUCUGUGUCCCUUCCACCGCCCUCUCUGUGUCCCUUCCACCACCCUCUCUGUGUCCCUUCCACCGCCCUCUCUGUGUCCCUUCCACCGCCCUCUCUGUGUCCCUUCCACCGCCCUCUCUGUGUCCCUUCCACCACCCUCUCUGUGUCCCUUCCACCGCCCUCUCUGUGUCCCUUCCACCGCCCUCUCUGUGUCCCUUCCACCGCCCUCUCUGUGUCCCUUCCACCGCCCUCUCUGUGUCCCUUCCACCGCCCUCUCUGUGUCCCUUCCACCGCCCUCUCUGUGUCCCUUCCACCGCCCUCUCUGUGUCCCUUCCACCGCCCUCUCUGUGUCCCUUCCACCGCCCUCUCUGUGUCCCUUCCACCGCCCUCUCUGUGUCCCUUCCACCGCCCUCUCUGUGUCCCUUCCACCGCCCUCUCUGUGUCCCUUCCACCGCCCUCUCUGUGUCCCUUCCACCGCCCUCUCUGUGUCCCUUCCACCGCCCUCUCUGUGUCCCUUCCACCGCCCUCUCUGUGUCCCUUCCACCGCCCUCUCUGUGUCCCUUCCACCGCCCUCUCUGUGUCCCUUCCACCGCCCUCUCUGUGUCCCUUCCACCGCCCUCUCUGUGUCCCUUCCACCGCCCUCUCUGUGUCCCUUCCACCGCCCUCUCUGUGUCCCUUCCACCGCCCUCUCUGUGUCCCUUCCACCGCCCUCUCUGUGUCCCUUCCACCGCCCUCUCUGUGUCCCUUCCACCGCCCUCUCUGUGUCCCUUCCACCGCCCUCUCUGUGUCCCUUCCACCGCCCUCUCUGUGUCCCUUCCACCGCCCUCUCUGUGUCCCUUCCACCGCCCUCUCUGUGUCCCUUCCACCGCCCUCUCUGUGUCCCUUCCACCGCCCUCUCUGUGUCCCUUCCACCGCCCUCUCUGUGUCCCUUCCACCGCCCUCUCUGUGUCCCUUCCACCGCCCUCUCUGUGUCCCUUCCACCGCCCUCUCUGUGUCCCUUCCACCGCCCUCUCUGUGUCCCUUCCACCGCCCUCUCUGUGUCCCUUCCACCGCCCUCUCUGUGUCCCUUCCACCGCCCUCUCUGUGUCCCUUCCACCGCCCUCUCUGUGUCCCUUCCACCGCCCUCUCUGUGUCCCUUCCACCGCCCUCUCUGUGUCCCUUCCACCGCCCUCUCUGUGUCCCUUCCACCGCCCUCUCUGUGUCCCUUCCACCGCCCUCUCUGUGUCCCUUCCACCGCCCUCUCUGUGUCCCUUCCACCGCCCUCUCUGUGUCCCUUCCACCGCCCUCUCUGUGUCCCUUCCACCGCCCUCUCUGUGUCCCUUCCACCGCCCUCUCUGUGUCCCUUCCACCGCCCUCUCUGUGUCCCUUCCACCGCCCUCUCUGUGUCCCUUCCACCGCCCUCUCUGUGUCCCUUCCACCGCCCUCUCUGUGUCCCUUCCACCGCCCUCUCUGUGUCCCUUCCACCGCCCUCUCUGUGUCCCUUCCCGCCACGAGCAGGGAGAGGCGAGGCUGCAGGCGUCUCACCCGGUGUUCAUCAACCAGUUCGGCCCCAACCCCGUCAUCACUCAGGUGACGCUUAG